CAUGUGAGCUACCUCCUGCACAUUGAAGGAAGUCCCCUUGUGGUGUUCCUCAGGCAAAGAAGGAGCUUCAUCCCUAAGGUCUUUCCUGUCUUCACCUAUGAUACAGCAGGAGAUCUCCAGGUAGAUCAUCCUUUUAUCAAGGAUGACUGUUUCUACCAUGGAUUUAUUCAGAGAAAGUCCUCUUCUCGGGUCACCCUUAGCACAUGUUCAGGAGGACUGAGAGGUCUCUUGCAAAUUGAAAAUAAGACCUAUGAAAUUGAACCAGUCCAGGAAUCUUCCACCUUUCAACACGUGGUGUUUCGGUUAGAAGUAGAGGAAGGGGCUGUCCGGAUGACUUGUGGAGUAGGAGAGGAAGAACGGAGCCAUCAACAGGACAUAAUUCCUGAAACAGAGAAUAUUGGAAACAAAGAUAUUUUUGGAAAAUCCUGGUGGCCACAUACAAGAUACGUUAAGGUAGCAAUUGUGAUUGAUCACGAACGAUAUUUGCAGUUUCACAGAAAUGAAUCUUUUAUUACUAUGCAAGUUCUAGAUAUUGUCCACACUGCAAAUUCAUUCUAUGAUCCACUUUCUGUUCAUUUAUCAAUAACAGGCUUAGUGAUCUGGUCACAAAAAAAUCUCAUAAACAUUACCCAUAUAGCAGAUGACACACUUUUAUCAUUUAAUGAAUGGAGAAGAACCCAGCUGGUUAAAAUUUUAAAGAAUGAUGCUGGUCACUUAUUUGCUUAUAAAAAUUUUGGGGCAACAGUAGGACUUGCACAUACAGGUAGUAUAUGUAGCGAUUACUUUGCAAGUGCUAUUGAAUCCUACAGAACUCCCAGUUUGUUUUAUAUGUCUGUCAUAUUUACCCAUGAACAGGGACAUAUUCUUGGAAUGAUACAUGAUGGACAAUUUUGUCAUUGUGAAAAGAGUGAAUGCAUUAUGGCAGAAUUUGCAGCAGAGACUGAUAAAUUUAGUAACUGCAGUUACAAGGAUUAUUUCCGCUAUAGAAACCAAGGCUGUUUACUUGUCCCACCAGACACUAACACAACAUUUAAGUUUGAAUUCUGCGGUAACAAAAGAGUGGAAAAGGGAGAGCAGUGUGACUGUGGGUCAGAAACACAAUGCAAGUCAGAUCCUUGCUGUCAAACUAAUUGUAUGUUGCGCCCGGAGGCUGUUUGUGCCUUUGGACUGUGCUGUGCUAACUGCCAAUAUCGUCAACGUGGAACUGUUUGCCGAGAGAAGAUUAGCAGUUGUGAUCUUCCUGAAUAUUGCAAUGGGACUUCAGAGCACU